GGCCCCUCGGCCGCCAUGUCACCCGCACAUCGUCCCUCAGCCCGCCCGCAGCAGCGCACCCGGCGUCAUGACGCCACUUCCGGCGCGGCGCUUUGUCACGGCAACGGGCGGCGUGUCCCGCCUUCCCCGGCCAUGGACGCGCGGCGCCGGCAGCGGCCGCGGUGCCGGGAGGUGCCCGGGCCCUUCCCGCACUCCACGGCGCUGAGAGCCAGGUCUCCUAAAGAGCAAACCAGUGAAAACGUUGCCUCCGCCCAAAGACGGGAAGAAAAAGAACUUGAAUAUGCCAACCUCUUAAAGCUCUACGCCCAGUAUCGCCACGUUAACGAGUGGCAGAAACACAAUGAACAGAAAUGGCUGCACAGCGCCCUGCAGAGAAAGGUGGACGCGGCCAUGCUGGAAUAUCUACCUGGAGCCGAGGAGAGGAGAGAGAGACUUCGUGAGCUUCUGGAAGCAGAGGAAACCAAAUACUUUGCCGAGAUGGACGCCCUUGAAGAAACGGUACAGGAGAAACACGACAAAAUGAGGGAACAAGCCAAAAUACUGAGAGAGAAGAGAGAAAAAGAAAGACAACAACUGGUGGCUGAGAAACGGGAGCAGCAAUUCAGCCAACAAUGCGAGGAGCUCCGCGUGCAGCUGGCCAAGAAGCACCAGCGAGAAGUGUGCGCGGACCGGCUGGCCCAGCUGGCUCUGAAGGAAGAGCUGCAAAAGCACCGGCGGGAGGAGGAGCAGAUGUUCGCGGAGCUCUGGAGGCAGGACAGGCUGGCCAAGGAGCAGCGAGACGCCGCCGAGGUGCAGAAAUCGGCGCAGCGGCACCGCGAAACGCUCAACGUGCUCGGCGCCCAGGUCGCGGCGCUCGGCGCUCGCAAAGAGGAGGAGAAGCGGCUGAAGGAAGAGGACGCUCAGUUGCUGGAACAACAGCAGAAGCUGCUUAAGCAAGAGAAUGAACAACGUCAGAUGGAGAAGCGACAGAAACAGAAAGAACUCAGGGACGUGUUGCUCAGCGCAGCCGAGGACAAGAAACAGCAUCUUAAUGAGGAAAAACAAAACGAACUUGCCCUCGAGAUGAAGAUCUUAGAAAAAGCUCUUCAGGAACCCCAGGAAGACCUUGAGGAGAAAACGAAAAGAAAACACGAGCUGUUCAAGGAGCAACAGAACUACCUGGCGCACCGGGCUCAGCAGCAGGAGGAGGAGAAACGGCGCCAAAAGGAAGACGAGCAGCUCCUGGAUGAGGAGAUGGCCAAGAUUUGGGCCAAGAAGGCCGAACAAGUGCGGUUAGAAAGGGAAGCGAGAGAGCAGCUGCUGAAAAACGUCCUGGAUACACGACAACUGCAGGUUGAGGAGAAGCUGCAAAGAAACACAAAGGAGCAGGAAGAACUCGCUCAAGAGAGGUUGUUAUUAUCCAAAUCCAUCGCAGAACUUAGACAUGUAGAAGAAGAAAAAUACGCGAGAAAAGUCAAGGAAAGAAAAGAAUACCAAGAGCAACUCAGGGCUCAAAUCGCCCAGCGACAACAGGCCCGUGAUGCUGAGGAAGAAGAGAAGCGGCGGGAACACGAGUCGAGUUUAGCGGCAGAGCGAGCUUACCAAGAGAGGAUCCAGGACAUUCUAGCAAAGCCUUAUGAUAAAACAGCCAAAAUCCACCCUUUGAGACGAAAACUCACGUCUGACUCUCAAGAAGUUCGCUUAUGAUACUCUCCUAUAGAUUUUUAUGAUACUUUCCUAUAUGUUUUUAUUCUGCUUUUCCACCUCGAUGGGGUGGGCGACUUGGCUGUGGCAGAGCUGGCAACUCCAGUCCCAAUCGCAUCACCCCAAAUUUACCCCCAAAUUUAAAACCCCGGCGCUUGCCGAUACGCUGAAAUAUUUAAUAGGCCGGUGCUUGUUAAAUAUCACCAUCGCAAGUUUUGAUUCCCAAAGGAACAGAAACCUUUGCCUUCUAAAUGAGAGAAUUUCCAGCACUUAGGACACACUUGAGGGAUUUUCUCUGUGUGUUGAGCGCUUUAGUUUCUCUUUAAUUAAAGUCUUAUAUUAAUGGAAAAUCAGAACAGGGAUGGCUGCGCUUUCCUCUGGGCUGUCCUCACCGAUAUCUUUACCCCUUAUACAUUUUAUUUCUACAGUUCAAUUAAAAGGAGACAAACAAGUUUGUUUGCCCGACAAAACUAUUUCCCCCGGCGCCACCUGCGAUUUAUUUGGCUUCACCAAGGACGUUAGAGUGGGAAAAUAAAGAGAUAUCUGCACUA